GCGAUGUAUAAUGGUGUGUGGGGGUGUGUUUGUGUAAGAGAGAGUGUGUGUGGUGUCGCUAUGUUGGGAGAUGGAAAAGGGCGGGGGUAGAGAGCCAAGCCAUCGGUUAUUAGGUUUGGGAAAAGUCGGGAUCCUCAGUAUAAUCGCUAUUUCUAAACCAGGUGGGUGCAUUGUAUUAUAUCAAAUCUGACUUAGAAAUGAACUCGACCGUGCGCAGCUGGCUGCCCCGCUAUAGGGGCUAGAGCUCCUGACGAAAGCGGAACUAGUCGGGGCCCAUACAAAUCAGAAAAGAGAGAGGAUCCUCGCGCAGUAGGAGACUCGAAGAGGCAGCUUUAGGCAGACAAGGAGACAAGAAAAUCCACUUUAGGCGGAGACUAGUUAGGACGGGGUGGGGCGUGGGGGGGAACGGAGCCCCUCUCUAUCCAACUGGCUCCCCCCCAUGCCCAGAAGCUGAGCUCAACACUAGAUUACGGCUCACGAGGAACGGAAAGGGCAAGAGGAGAGAGAAAGAGAGGGAGAGGAAGAAAAGUAGCAAAGUAAAGAGAAAGGAGAGUCCCAGCAUCCCAGAGGGAUUGGAGACGCUUUUCGGAAACUUUGCUAAGACUGUCUCUCAGCCAGGCCUUCGCUUCCUUUCCCUGGCGCCCCCACUGGCCCCUCUCCCAGCUGGGGAAUCUCGGCAGAGGACGCUGUAGUCCGCAGCGGGGUAGGAGAAAAGAGGCGGGCCGCUUCAUCUUGUCAUGAUGGCCAGCUACCCGGAGACUGAGGACGAUACGGGGACCCUACUGGCCCCGGAGCCAGCCACUGGCCGCCCAGGGAAAGAUUCCGAAUCCCGGGGGGCCCGAGAUUGCAAGGAAGAGUUGAGCCCAGAGAAAAGCGGUGGAGGCGGAGGGGUCCCAGAGAAGCCAGAUCCUUCACAAAAGCCCCCUUAUUCGUACGUGGCGCUGAUCGCUAUGGCCAUCCGCGAGAGCGCGGAGAAGCGGCUCACGCUGUCCGGCAUCUACCAGUAUAUCAUCGGCAAAUUUCCCUUCUACGAGAAGAACAAGAAGGGCUGGCAGAACAGCAUCCGCCACAACCUGAGCCUCAACGAAUGCUUCAUCAAGGUGCCGCGUGAGGGCGGCGGCGAGAGGAAGGGCAACUACUGGACGCUGGACCCGGCCUGCGAGGACAUGUUCGAGAAGGGCAAUUACCGCCGGCGGCGGCGCAUGAAGCGACCCUUCCGCCCACCGCCCGCCCACUUCCAGCCGGGCAAGGGCCUCUUCGGUCCCGGUGGGGCAGGAGGCGGCGGAGCCGGCGGCAGUGAUGGGUACGGUUAUCUGGCGCCUCCUAAGUACCUGCAGUCCGGCUUCCUCAACAACUCCUGGCCCUUGACCCAGCCGCCCUCGCCCAUGCCCUACGCGUCCUGCCAGAUGGCAGCGGCGGCGGCGGCUGCAGCGGCGGCAGCAGCGGCGGCGGCGGCCGGCCCUGGCAGUCCGGGAGGAGUAAAGGGGCUCCCCGGGGCCCCGGCCUCCUACGGGCCCUACUCCCGGGUGCAGGGCAUGGCGUUACCCGGUGUGGUGAACUCUUACAAUGGCAUGGCGGGUCACCAUCCAGCGCCUCACCCCCACCCUCACGCGCACCAUCCCCACGCCCACCACCUGCACCCGGCUGCGGCCGCGGCUCACCACGCACCUCACCACCCGGCCGCAGCACCCCCGGCCCAGCUCAGCCCCGCCAGUCCCACCGCCGCUGCGCCCCCGGCUCCCGCGCCAGCCCAGGCCAAUGCAACUGGUCCCCCGCCUGGCCUCCAGUUUGCCUGCGCCCGCCAGCCUGACUUAUCCAUGAUGCACUGCUCCUAUUGGGACCACGAUAGCAAACACAGCGCCCUGCACUCACGGAUAGACAUCUGAGGGAGGGACAGAGGAGGGCAGGAAGAAAAGAAAGGAGAAAGCAGAGCCAGCAGCCGAGAUACCAAGCAUCGGCGCCAGAAACAGUGUCCCAUUUCCAUCCGCUGGCCAAAAAGUCCAGGCAUUCAAAGCAAACUCCAGAACGGACUGCAAGACGUUUCCUUGCUGUUUCUGCCCUCUUUCUUCAGCUUCGAUCUUUCUCUACUCUACUUUCUUCGUCUCUUCUUUUCUCCCUCUUUCUCCUCUUCCAUCUCCCUUCUCUUCUCCUUGUUGCUUUGUCUCCCUCUUGCUCCCUUUUCGGUUCUUUCCGUUUUCUCCCUCAGCCUUUGGCCUCAGGCUGUUGCUAAAUGUUCCUCAAUCUCACUCGUCCAGCCUUUAAAAAAACCCCUCCUCUCAUUUCUCUUCUUUUCAAGCUGGAUGAACUGUGCCAAAAUUUUUGCAGAGGAAAAAAAAGAUCAGUCCCAAUGUCCCAGCCAGUCCCAAUCCUGUUCCACACCGUUUAUCUGGAGUCAAUGUGGAACCCCGGGGGCUCCGGCUACAUCACAUCUUACAGGUCUGUGAGCUGAUGGCAUUUUGAUUGUAAUUGCAAUGUGAACUCUAAUUCUGACAUAGUCGCCCCCCAACUUUAAAAAAUCUAUGAAAGGGGAGGUAGUUUUCUAUUUGAAACCUUCCUACAAAGAAUGUUAUUGAUGAAGGGUUGGGGGAGGGCAGCGGAAAGAUGGGAGAUGAGAGUUUUCCCUGGGGGGAGGGGAAAGAGUGAAUAGUGUGUUGCGAGAGUCACCUGUCCUGGGCAUCAGACUUCCUACUUUGUUUUUAAUCUUAAAACCCAUCUUCCAAAGAGGUUGCACUUCUAUACUCUUCCCCAAUAAUAUAGAUAGUGCAUUUCCCGACGAGGAGGGAUUUGCUUGAUCUCUGUUCAGAAAGUAAUGUUACAUUUCUUUAAAUAACAAAAUAAAGCAAAGCCCUGCGGAGAAACCAGUGAAAUGUUGUUGCCUUGAGGGGCGAGUUGCUGCUAGAAUGUAAAAUGAAACGCAAAUUUAUUUUUUUAAAGCCUAUUCAGGAAGUAUAUCAGAAUUAUUUUAUUUGGGCCUUUAAAAUUGUUCUCCCAGCUGCAAAGGAAAAAUGCUUUGUAAAAGAUGGAAUUGGAGUGUGGUUCUCUUUAGCUCUUCUAACUGAGAAAGUCCAAUUUCACUUGAUCUUUUCAAGACCUUCUCCCCAUAUAUAUUUUUUUCUAGUAGCUGGUUGUCAAUCAGUCAUUCUCCCAUCCCUCUUUUUUUUUUUUUUUUAAAGAAAAAUAAUUGUUUUUCGGUUGCGGAUCUACGACCUCGUCUAAAAUAAUGUGAAACCCAGAAGCGUAGAUACCGGGGCGAAUUUCCAAUGAUUUUAUAAAUAUGUAAGCCCAUAGCUAUUGUUGUGUAGUGUUUUGUGGGGACCAACUUUUCUAGAGUCAACUAUAGCACUUUUAAUGUAUUUUCUAGUAUUGUAAAUUCUCGAAUAAAAUGUUUUCCUUUCUUUUUAA